AUUAGUUUGUGAUUUUCUCCUCAUUCUGUAGCAGGCCCGUUGUUUCUGUUUUAUCAGACAUUGCGUCAUUCCCGUGUUCCUGCAUCACAUCACUGCAAGCCACAAGCCACAAAUUCGCCCAAGAUCCCCAAACUCCGACAUGCCUGAGUUGCCCAAGCCCAUCCGCGUCGGAAUCCUCGGCCUGUCGGCCACGGGAAGCUGGUCCGUCGCCUCGCACCUGCCCGCGCUGCUUUCUCUGCCGGAGAGCUACGCCAUCGUCGCCGUGUGCAACUCGUCCGAGGCGUCAUCGCAGGCGGCCAUCAAAGCAUACAACCUUCCCGUCGCCACCAAGGCGUACGGCUCGCCGGAGCAGCUAGCAGACGACCCAGAUGUCGACCUUGUCGUGUCGUCCACCAACGUCGUCCUGCACAAGCAGGCGCUGCUUCCGAGCAUCAGAAAGGGCAAGGCAGUGUUUUGCGAGUGGCCGCUCGGCCGGAACCUGGCCGAGGCCCAGGAGCUGCUGGACGAGAUCAAGCGGCGCAACGACGGCGACGUGAGCCGCACCGUUAUCGGCCUGCAGGGGCGGUACUCGCCGGUAGUCAAGAAGCUGUCCGAGAUCCUGUCGUCGGGGCGCGUCGGCAAGCUGCAGCGGACGAGCUUUUCGGCCCCGGCCGGGUACUGCGGCGACGAGGGGCUGGAGGAGCACGAGUACUUUUUCCGCGAGGCCGACGGCGGCAACCUCGUGUCCAUCUUCUUCCUGCACAUCAUCGAGUCGGUGCUGUUUGGGCUCGGAGGCAGGGAGUUUGCGCACUUGGACGCGGUGUUGGGCGGUGUGGGCGGCGAGGUGCAGCUCAAGAACAAGAGCGGCGACGUGGUGCGGACGAUGGUGCGCGAGACGCACAAAAGCGUGGCGAUCCAGGGCGUGCUCGACGACGGCUCCGAGCUGAGCCUGCAGCUGUGGGGAGGAAAGGGCGCGCCGGGCGACAAGGAGUCGACGUACUGGCGCGUGGUUGGAGAUAAAGGGGAGGUCAGGGUGCGAGGCACGGGACCGAAUCUUCAAAUGGGUGGUGACGAAGUCAGCAUGAGCGUGUUGGACUACGCCUCGGGUGAGGAGGAGGUGGUGGCUUUGGCGGCCGAGGAGCUGAAGCCGGUACCGGCGAACAACGUGGCCAGGCUGUAUGCAAAGUUCGCUGAGGGUCGAGCAGGCGAGUAUCCCGACUGGGAGUGGGCUGUCAAGAGGCACAUGCUGAUUGACCAAAUUUACAAGAAAAACGCAGCUCGUAGCUGAGGGGUUUUGGUGUAUGCAGUCGGCCACGUUAUCAUGUCAUAAUUAGUCGAAGCUAGCAUCUUCAAACGCUGAACCAGGGUUGUUCACUUUGCGGAAGUCUAUUUUUUUUUUUCUGCAGUGACGUUUGGAUCUGGAACAGAGGCUUUGGAGCUAGUUACUGCACAUGCAUGCAGCUAAACAAAGAACUUUUUGCAUAUCGACGCAACGCUUCUUUCCAUCGCCACUGGCUCAAAAGUAAAUAGAGCAGAUUACGUCUCUUCCACAGAAGGAGUCACCCUUAC